AGCCCAUGUAAAAUUCUGUGAAUGAAAAUUUAGAAUAUCAAACUAUUUUAUUUUCAAACUUAUUAGGUAUUAGUUAGCUUAACAGGUUGCUUUUUUUUUUUUUCCUUAUGCUAUAUGUUUUACUUGAAGAAGAAAACUCAUAAUUUCUUGGGUUGGUGAGGGCAUUAGAUGAGUAUGCAGUUCGUGGAGAUUAAUUUAUACAAAGAUGCAUGUAAUUCAACAAAAGUAAGUAAGAGUUUGCAUGAAAAGAAGUCAAGGCAUAACAAUUAUAACUAAACUUUGGACAAUGUAUAAGAUCUUUGGAAAAAGCACCACAUUCCUUUAGCUCUACUCCUAUCACAACUAAAAGUGAUGACUAACUAUUACAAAAGUCAAUUAGUACUAAGAGUUCAAAAAACCCCACAUAACUAACUUAAUUGCUCAUUAUGGGAAUGCUCAUCAAGUUCUCUUCUUGCUCUUUCCUCCUUGCCUUGAGUUUUGCUACUCUUUUGCUUUCUACUAUUUCUGCAAGGUUGAUCUCCAAUAAAGAGGAGCAAGAAAGGGAUAGGAUCAUCAAGCUACCAGGGCAACCACCAAAUGUAUACUUCUCUCAAUACUCUGGCUAUGUCACUGUGGACCCAUUAGCAGGCCGAGCCUUAUUUUAUUGGUUGAUUGAGGCUCCCAAGAUGGCCCGACCCAAAUCAAAGCCGCUUGUUUUAUGGCUCAACGGUGGUCCCGGUUGCUCAUCUGUAGCCUAUGGUGCUUCUGAGGAGGUCGGCCCAUUUCGGGUCCGAUCUGAUGGCAAAACUCUCUAUUUGAAUCCUUAUACUUGGAAUAAAGUGGCCAAUUUGCUGUUUCUUGAUUCCCCAGCAGGCGUUGGAUUUUCUUAUUCAAACACUUCAUCAGAUAUAUAUGCAGUUGGUGACAAGAGGACAUCUCAGGAUGCAUAUAAAUUUCUCAUUAACUGGUUCAAGAGAUUCCCUCAAUACAACCACAGGCCCUUCUACAUUGCUGGAGAAAGCUAUGCAGGCCAUUAUAUUCCUGAGUUAUCACAGAUUAUCGUCCGCCGAAAUAAGGGAAUCAAGAAUCCUGUCAUUAAUUUUCAAGGUUUCCUGUUGGGCAAUCCACUGAUCGAUGAUUACUAUGACAACAUAGGGACGCAUGAGUACUGGUGGAACCAUGGAUUGAUAUCAGAUUCAACAUAUGAAGAUCUGAAGAAAUCAUGCACCAAUGAGACCUUUUUGUUCCCCAAAAAUGAGUGCUACGAUGCUUUAGAUCAAGCCUAUUCUGAGUUUGGAGAUAUCAACCCUUAUAGCAUUUACAGCCCUCCUUGCUAUGACAGUGCCACUCAGAUCCACCACCUAAACUCUUCACUGCCAUGGAAAUUCAGAGGAAAUGAUGAAUGUGUGGUGAUGAACACAAAAAGAUAUAUGAAUCUGCCAGAGGUGCAAAAGGCUCUUCAUGCCAACAUUACCCUCAUUCCUCAUCCUUGGGUCACUUGCAGUUCUGCAAUUAGAGGCAAUUGGAGUGAUUCUCCUAAAUCAAUGUUGCCAAUAUUCAAAGAACUUAUAGCAGCUGGAAUCAGAAUUUGGGUCUUCAGUGGCGACACGGAUGCGGUUUUGCCCCUGACUGCAACGCGUUACUCCAUUAAUGCUCUGAACCUCAGCAUCAACACAAACUGGUAUGCUUGGUACGAUGAUCAUCAACAGGUUGGAGGUUGGAGCCAAGUUUACAAGGGAUUGACAUAUGUGACAGUAAGGGGAGCAGGGCAUGAAGUUCCUCUCACACAGCCUCAACUUGCAUUAUCACUAUUUAAGCAAUUCUUGCAAAAUCAGCCCAUGCCUGCUGCAUUUUGGCCUUAGAAAAUUAAUUGCUUAUCUAAUUAUUCUUGUAUGCUAUAAUAGACUUUUUUUUUUGUUUAUUUUUUCUUUUCUUUUCCAAUCCAGAUCAUUUUUUUUUUUUUUUUUAUAUAUUGCAUGCCUCAUUACUAAUUAUUCAGGUAAAUAAAAUUCAAUGUAUGUAUUAUGAUUU